AUGAUGCCAGUGCUGAAGAUGCCUGGUCGAGUCCCUGUCGUUAAUAGCAAGGCGUACGUCACUCCUCGACGUCCAUAUGAGAAGCCUCGCUUGGACCAGGAGUUGAAGCUCAUUGGAGAGUUUGGUCUGAGGAACAAAAGGGAAGUAUGGAGAGUGAAGUACACUCUGGCCAAGAUCCGAAAGGCUGCUCGAGAGCUCCUCACUCUGGAGGAGAAGCAUCCUCGACGUCUUUUUGAAGGUAAUGCUCUGCUUCGCCGUCUGGUGCGCAUCGGAGUGCUGGAUGAGAGUCGGAUGAAGUUGGAUUAUGUUUUGGGCCUAAAGAUUGAAGACUUUUUGGAACGACGUCUUCAGACCCAGGUUUUCAAGCUUGGUCUGGCCAAAUCCAUCCAUCAUGCUAGGGUUCUCAUCCGGCAAAGACAUAUUAGAGUGAGGAAGCAAGUAGUGAAUGUUCCAUCAUUCAUGGUGCGGCUGGACUCCCAGAAGCACAUUGACUUCUCUCUCAAGUCUCCAUUUGGUGGGGGACGACCUGGCAGGGUCAAGAGGAAGAACAUGCGCAAAGCCCAGGGUGGCGAUUUCAAUAAAGGUGGAGAUGUUGUCUUGGAUACAGGAGAGCUGGAGGGUCAUGAUGAUUCAGAAGAGGGAAAAGUGAAGAAGGUCAAGAUGAAUGUCGUGAGGUCCCAUUGGAAGCUGCGGCCCAUCAUUGGACCAGAAUAUCAUGCACCUAUGACUUUAAGGAAGAUGUAUGCUUAUGAAAUAAAGGAUAGGAAGGAUGUGUCAUCUGUACUUCAAGCCUUCAAUAAACAUUUUCCUUUUGGAGAAUGGAAGCAUUUGAAGCGUGUUAAGUCAACAGACCUGGGAGCAAUGAUAUUGUGGACUGAUGCUUGUGAUUCAUCCCCCAGUUUAUCUCCACCGAAUGAUGUUUCAUUCAAAUUAGGUGCCUUGAAGACAGUUAAUGUGCCACAGAGUGCACCUCUUACAAGGGAACAAUUCAGGGAGGCUUGCAAACAUUGGCCAGUUCACUUUCAUGAGGAUAAACACAUUUCCAUGCUGCUCAAUGGGAAGUUCUUCACCAUUCAAGACUUGACAAAAAUGGAAUUGUUCAUGCAGAAAGCCUUAGACUGUGCAAAUGAGAAUUCUUCAUCCUGUGGGACAGUGAUUGUAGAUCCCAAGCAGGAUAUUGUGGUGGGCCGUGGGACCGAUCAGAGGAGGGAAAACCCUCGUCUACACUCAGUCAUGGUUGCCAUUGAGGAGGUGGCAGAGCAUAUCAGUGCCACUGAUGACAGUGGUUACAUUUGCACUGGUUUUGAUGUUUACUGCACCAGAGAACCUUGCAUGAUGUGUGCCAUGGCACUAAUCCACUCCCGUGUUCGGCGGUUGCUUCCUGGUGAAGAGGAAGAUGGGAGGAGGGAGAAAACACGAGGAGGACCGUGGACAUGGGAAUAUUACCAACAGUUUUUUGAUGUUGACACGGAACAGGUGAAGCAGAGGACACUCUGGGCCAUGAUCCCUAGACCCAGUGUCUCUUACCUGGAACACUACAUCCGUCCCAAUCCUGAUCUUUAUGGGCCCUUUUGGAUUGGUGUGACUCUGGUAUUCAGCAUUGCUGUGAUGGGGAACCUCUCCAACUACCUAGCUACAGCUGCCACUGGCAAUUACGUUUGGCGGUAUGACUUCCACAAAGUUAGUUAUGCUGCAACUGCUGUGCUAACAUACAUCUGGCUCCUGCCAAUUGGCCUGUAUGCAUUUCUGCGAUACCGAAUGAGGGAGGGGUAUCAGUUGACAUUCCUGGAGAUCAUCAGUGUGUAUGGCUACUCUCUUGCCAUCUACAUCCCGAUCUCUAUCCUCUGGAUGAUCCAGGUGAAUUGGCUGCAGUGGUUGCUGGUGAUCUUGGGAUCAGUAAUGUCUGGCCUUGUUCUGGUUUCCUCCCUUUGGCCAGCUGUCAAGGAUGACCCCAAACGACAGGUCGCCAUUGGGGUCUUGUCCCUUGUCGUCCUCUUUCAUUUUCUCCUGGCUGUUGGGUUCAUGAUGUAUUUUUUCCAUGCCCCCAAGCGUAUUGUGGAACAUUAGCACCACAUCAAGAACUUGUGGACAACAUGAGGCAGCCCUAAUCACAGGAAUGGUGACGGUGCUGUGGCGUAAAAUCGCAAUCACAAAAGUGCAUUAUGUGUGCUUUGGGAGCCUUGGAGUUUUGUUCUGUCACCUCUUCGUCAUGUGGGAAUGGUGAAAUCUCAGUGAUAUAAAGUGAUUAUAUAAUGAAUAAUUAUUAUAUGAACAAGGACCACAGUUUUAUCUGGCAAAAUCCAAAGCUUUCUUUUCAUGCUGUAAUCAAAGCACUGUCCUGACAGAAUAUGCACCAUUAUCACGAUCGCGUUCUAUCGGAAAAUAAAAGAAUACCC